AUGCACCUGCGCCUCAUAUUCAGAGGCAGCCCGAAAGCCAGAUUCUAUUCCUCCCUGACACCCACAAAUAACACGAAAAUGGCAUCCGGGUUCAUCGAUUUCGUCAAUGCCUCGCCUACCCCGUUCCACGCAGUCAAGUCAGUCAAGGAACGCUUGACCGCUGCCGGCUUCAAGGAAAUCAAGGAAAAACAAUCGUGGUCGUCCACCUGCGUCCCCGGUGGAAAAUACCUCCUCACACGGAACGGCUCUACUAUUGUAGCUUUUGCGAUUGGCAAGAGAUGGAAGCCAGGCAAUCCAAUCUCCAUGAUAGGUGCCCACACCGACUCGCCAUGCCUUCGAAUCAAGCCGGUAAGCAAGAAACAAAGCGAUGGGUUUCUGCAGGUGGGAGUGGAAACUUAUGGAGGCGGUCUCUGGCACACAUGGUUUGAUCGAGACCUGGGCAUUGCAGGCAGGGUCAUGGUGCGAGGCGAUGAUGGAAAUGUGGUGCAAAAGCUGGUUCAUAUCGACAAACCAAUUCUGCGGGUUCCAACUCUUGCCAUUCAUCUCGACCGUCAGGAGACAUUUUCUUUCAAUAAAGAAACCCAAUUGUUCCCCAUUGCCGGACUGGUUGCUGCGGAGCUCAAACGUCAAGAUGAAAAGAAGGCCAAAUCAGGGGCAAAAGAUGAAACCGUGGACGAACAAACGAAACCAUUCGCACCUCUGAAGGCCUUGACCACGAGACAUCACCCUUAUAUCGUUGAACUUGUUGCCUCAAAUGCAGGAGUUGCGCCGGAGCAUGUGAUCGAUUUCGAGAUAGUCCUCUAUGACACGCAGAAGGCCUGCAUAGGUGGUUUGAAUGACGAGUUCAUCUUUUCUGCGAGGCUGGAUAAUUUGAACCAAACAUAUUGUGCGACCAUGGGAUUGAUCGAUUCACUCAAAGAACCAUCUGCGCUUGACCAGGAAUCAUCUAUCCGCUUGAUAGCCUGUUUCGACCACGAAGAGAUCGGCAGCAUGACCGCCCAAGGAGCCUUUUCCAUGAUGCUGCCAGGUAUCAUCCGCCGGCUCUCUGUCCUGCCGGCCGCGGCAUUUGCGGAGAACAACUCUGAGCAGUCUUACGAUCAUGUGGAUGAGACGGACACAUCUACGGCAUACGAGCAAACACUCUCGAGCUCUUUCCUCCUGUCCGCGGAUAUGGCGCACUCAGUUAAUCCCAACUAUGGGGCUAAGUAUGAGUCCGACCACAGACCAGAAAUGAACCAAGGUCCGGUGAUCAAGAUCAACGCGAAUGCCAGGUAUGCAACCAACUCGCCUGGGAUUGUAUUAUUACAAGAAGUCGCGAGAAAGGCGGCAAAGGUCAAGGACAGUGACCCUGACGGUGUGCCGCUGCAACUGUUUGUGGUUAGGAACGAUUCGAGCUGCGGGAGCACCAUUGGCCCGAUGCUGUCGGCUCACCUUGGUGCUCGCACGCUCGAUAUCGGCAAUCCCCAGCUGUCCAUGCACAGCUGUCGCGAAACCGGUGGAGCGGAUGAUGUGGGCCAUGCCAUCAGGCUUUUUAGCAGCUUCUUCCAGCAUUAUUCCGAGUUGGAGAAGACGAUAUUGGUUGACUAG